AUGGAGUCUACAUAUCAUACCCUUGUUCAGCGUAUCAUCCUCAAAUGGGCUGAGAAGAGGCGCACAUCAUCCGACACCUCCAAUGUACAUCCCCGCCUCAUUAUCGCCCUCGCAGGGCCACCGGGGUCCGGAAAGACAACCAUCGCCCAGAAAGUCGUCUCCGCCAUCAACGCCUCCCAGGAACCCCACCCAAAUUCUAUUGUGCUAUCUGCGGACGGCUUUCAUUUACCUCUCGCAGCUCUCCGGGCGCUUCCUAAUGCGGCGGAAGCAAUUGCUCGCCGCGGGGCCCCUUGGACCUUUGAUGGCCAGGCCGUCAUCGACCUCGUCCGGCAGCUGCGGGCUUCAGCAGGACUGCGACCCGUUCUUGCACCAACCUUUGACCACAAAGUAAAGGAUCCCGUUUCCGAUGGGUUCACUGUAGAUGCAGAUGUUCAGGUUUGCAUUGUUGAGGGGAAUUAUUUGCUCGUGGAUGACGAGCCCUGGAACCAGAUCGCAGAUUUGGUAGAUGAACGGUGGCUCGUGAGAGUUGAGCCUACACUGGCACGGAGACGAGUUGCCGCGCGGCAUCUCACAGCUGGUAUUGAAGAAACAAUGGAAAGAGCUCUCUUCCGGGCAGAGAGUAAUGACAUGGUCAAUGGAGAAUUCGUUGACAGGCACAGUGAGGGUAGAUACGACUCAAGCAACAUGGCAACAAAUGGUUCCACGAAUGGGGCGAGAAAGUCCAUCAGAGCCUCCAAUCCGCCCAUCGAGGAUAGUGUCUUCAAACAGUUCCGCCUUGAUGGAAGAACGGUCAUAAUCACUGGUGGAGCAGGCGGAAUAGGAUCAGAGAUCGCCAGGGGCCUCGCUGAAGCCGGUGCCAACAUCGCCAUAUGGUACAACAGCUCUAAAGCCGCCGUUACCAUUGCCGCAACCAUUGCGGAAGAUUUUGGAGUCAAGACAAAGGCUUAUCAAGUCAAUGUCACUAACUACCCUGCCGUCGAGGUGGCGGUGGCAGAAGCGGUCAAAGACUUCGGUCGUCUGGAUGUCAUGAUCGCCAACGCCGGAAUCCCGUCCAAGGCCGGGGGCCUCGAUGACAAGGUCGAGGACUGGGAUCGUGUACGUGCAGUCGACUUUGACGGCGCGUACUACUGCAUGAGGGCGGCUGGUCUCGUGUUCCGUGAGCAGAAGAGGGGCGUAGGCAUCAUCACUGCGUCCAUGAGUGGUCACGCUGCAAACGUACCGCAAGAACAGAGCUGCUACAAUGCCUGCAAGGCAGGAACCAUACACCUAGCGCGGUCUUUGGCUGUCGAGUGGGCCAAGUGGGGAGGACGCAUCAAUUCGGUGUCUCCUGGUUACAUCGAUACCGUCAUCUCGGGUGAUUGUCCGUUCGAGAUGAAGGAGGAGUGGUUCAGCUUAACACCACUGCGCAGAGAUGCUGAUCCGAGGGAGUUGAAAGGCGUUUACCUGUACCUAGCGAGUGAUGCUAGUUCCUACACAACUGGGGCUGACUUCAUCGUGGAUGGUGGGUACACGGCACGGUGA